GAGAGUAGGAGCCAAGACGGAAGUGGGGAGAUAGUUUUUAACAAGAGAAAGCCAUCAGCAUAAGAAUCAAGAGACCCAGCGUGAGCACCCAGCUUGAGAGCAAGGAAGAACUUCUGUCCUGAGGGCUGUGAGGCCACAGAGCAGCAAAGCCAACACUUCCGUGGAAUUCCCAGGGCUACUGACAACAUGCAGAUCCUGAUGCCACCUGGCCAGAGCUGCUGUGCCCUAGCCAUCCUGAUGGCAAUCGUGGAUUUCCAACAUGGUGGAUGCAUCCAAGUCACCAGCUCAGUAUCCCAGAAAGGAGGACAACUGAUCUUCACCUGUACUUUGUGGCACAAGAGAGGCGAAGCCGAGGGGCUAAUACUCUUCUGGUGCAAAGACAAGCGGUCGGACUGUUCUCCUGAGACAAGCUUACAGCAGCUAAGGGUAAAAAGGGAUUCUGGGACAGGUGGCAGCAAUGAACAGCAAUCUCAGUUGGUGUUCACCAUAGAACAAGCCAAACCAUCAGACAGUGGGACCUACCAGUGCUGUGCCCGAAGCCAGAAGCCAGAAAUCUACAUUCAUGGUCAUUUUGCCUCUGUUCUAGUCACAGGGAACCGCACUGAGAUAAGACCGAGACAAAGGCAGGACCAUAUUGACAGCACUCUCAGUUCAGACUUCCUGCAAGUAAAGGCCUGCGGGAUGCUGGUCACUCUCCUGGUGGCUCUUCAAGCUCUAUAAACCUUGUGACCAAAAAACUUCAAAAGAAGGUACAGCAAGAUAAAUCUGACAAUGCACAUGGGAAGAACGGGACAGGGAACAGACACCGAGUAGACCAAGAAUCUGGAGGGCCAGCAAGAUGGCUCCGCCAAGGACAGGAGCUUGCCUGCCAAGCUUCAGCUCAAACCUUUGCACCCACGUGGUGAAAGGAGAGAAAUGGCUCUCCCAAGCUGUCCUCUGACCUCCACGGGAGUGCCGUGCUCUGACCCCAAUAAAUAAAAUCAUUCCAGGGAUCUGGCAGAGCGUUUGGCAUACCUCUGGAUCUUCCUUCCUUAUUGCCAGCGCAAGUUUGCCUACUCCCGCCUCCGUGCCAAGAGAGAAAACAUGUUACAAGUGUGGCUGGUGUGCUGGCCUUAAAUACCAGGUAUGUUUUAUACCACAGAAUAAUGGUUCGUCUCCCCUGCAACACAGUAAAAUAAGCAAGUUCUAAUUUUAUACGUGUGUGUGACGCAUGUAUGCGUGCACACUGAACACGCGGAGGACAGAGAACAACUCUCAGGAUCUGGUUCUCUCCUUUCUCUGUGAGGGCUGGAGAUCAAACUCAGGUGGCCAGGCUUGUGCAAGUGCUAACAG